GCCCAUAUCGGUCCGUAAAUACCAGAACAUCAACAGGGAUUUUGUCAAUUUCUCUUCAAUGUGUGAAAAUAUUUCGAUCAAAUUUCAUCAAGGCAUGGAUUGAUACUUAAGCCAACUGGACACACUCAUUUGGAGUUGAUAUAUACCUCAGUACUAAAGGUUUUUCCAUCUCGAAGUUGGGCAAACUCCCCAGCCCAUUUCCCAGCCCAACAAAAUCAUGGCGACUAACCCCAGUGUGAAUGUGAGUUUGGACGACAUCGAUUUAAACAGCCUGCGGGAGCCAGCUGGAAUAUUUGAUCUGAUUGAGGUUGUUGGGAAUGGCACCUACGGACAAGUCUACAAGGGUCGCCACACAAAAACAGGACAACUUGCCGCCAUCAAAGUUAUGCCAGUUACCGAGGAUGAGGAAGAAGAGAUAAAAUUAGAAAUAAAUGUAUUAAAAAAGUAUUCACAUCAUCGGAACAUUGCAACUUACUAUGGUGCCUUUAUCAAGAAGAUGCCUGCAGGGAAGGAUGACCAGCUUUGGCUGGUCAUGGAGUUCUGUGGUGCUGGUUCUGUCACAGACCUCGUGAAGGCCACGAAGGGACAGUCACUGAAGGAAGAGUGGAUAGCCUAUAUAUGUAGAGAAAUACUCAGGGGUCUAGCUCACCUCCACCAAAACAAAGUCAUCCAUCGAGAUAUCAAAGGUCAAAAUGUGCUACUGACAGACAACGCUGAAGUCAAACUAGUUGACUUUGGGGUUAGUGCCCAGUUAGACAAAACAAUUGGUCGGCGGAACACGUUUAUUGGUACACCGUACUGGAUGGCCCCAGAAGUUAUAGCCUGUGAUGAAAACCCAGAUGCCACCUAUGAUAAUAGGAGUGACUUAUGGUCUUUAGGCAUUACAGCCUUAGAGAUGGCUGAAGGAAAACCACCCUUAUGUGAUAUGCAUCCGAUGCGCGCCCUGUUUUUGAUACCAAGGAAUCCUCCGCCACGAUUAAAGUCGAAAAAAUGGAAUAAAAAGUUUCAAAGUUUUGUCGAUGCGUGCAUGGUAAAGGACUACACGCAUCGCUCAUCAACAGAACAGCUUCUCAAGCACUCGUACAUACGAGAUCAGCCGACGGAACGGCAGGUCAGAAUACAAUUAAAGGAUCAUAUUGAUCGGCAUAGGAAAAACAAAAAGCCUGAUGAUCAUGAAACUGACUACGAAUACGAAGGCAGUGAUAACGAGGAGGAGGAAGAACCGGUCGAAUCCGGCGAGCCAAGCUCCAUCAUCCAGAUUCCCGGCGAAUCGACACUCAAACGCAACUUCGCCCAGAUCCAGGAGGGCGAGGGCAGACGUACACCAAAUCCGUACGCCUCACCGUCACCGCAACGCAAUGCACAACAGUUCUUUCAGCGCCCGAUGCCGCCCCAGCAGGUGGCGCACGCACCUCGACCGCAGAGCGGCCAUAAUCUACAACCACCCAUACCCAUGCAUAAUAAUCAGAACCGAGGUCAUCACGGGCACCAUCAGCACGGGGGUCCGCCCCCUCCACCGCAUCACGGACAGAGUCGCCAGCAGGGCCGCCCAGUCAGUAAUCACACCCCAUCCAAACAAGUGCCAUCUGAUAUUAUACCCCACGGUGCCCAACACGGACAUAGACCCGUGCCGAGAAUGGGUGCUGGUAACCCUCCACAACCUCACAUUAUGCACGAUGAUCGGCAGCGACACCGUCAUUCACAGCAACAACCACAACAAGUGAACCGAAAACCAGAGGAGCUGGAUGCCUUGGCAGCACAACUUAACGACUUGGCUUCCGGUCAUGAUAAUAAUCGUGACAGAGAUCGUGAACGUGACCAGCGGCACCGAGAACGACGGGAACAGCAAAGAGAACGUGAACGAAAAGAACAAGAGCGGUUACGUGUGGAACAAGAGCGGUUGCGCGAGGGUGAGCGGCAGAGAGCGCGAGAAGAGCACGAGAGGAGAGAACUAGAGAAGAAACGACAACGAGAGGAGAAGGAGGCCAUGAUACGGGCGCAGCAAGAACAAGAGCGCCUCGCAAAGCAACAAGAGCAGGACAGACGGACGCAGCAGGAGUUAGAUCGGGCGCAACGCGAGUUGGAGCAGAGAGAGCAGCGUGAACGAGAAAAACAACGAGAGCGGGAGAAACGAGAACGGGAAAAACAGGAGAGAGAACGUGAGAGGGAAAGAGAACGGGAAGAGAGGGAGAGGGAGCAUAGGGAGAUGCGGGAAAGGGAUAGAGAACAAAUAGAGCGGGAGGCUCAGGAGAGGCGUGAGCUGGAGAGGCGUGAACUGGAGAGGCAGGAGUUGGAGGCGCAGGAACGAGAGGCGCGUGAACGUGAUGACGAUGAUGAACCGGAGUCUGAGCAGGCGGAGGAGCCGAUGGCUGAUGAUGAGGAUGAGGACUCGGAUGAAGAGGCUACAUUGCCUACCCCUGAUGGGACGCUACUUGCAUCAGAUCCUCCACGACCAUUGCCAGCUGAUUAUAGUGAAGGACAUUCGACAUUGGAAACAUUAGAAUCGAUGGUUAUACAUCAUGACCAACCACACGCUCCAGUACCACAACAAGCACCUGUCUCACAGUCGACGCCAACGAACUCCCCGAAACCAUCGCCGAAGUCUAACAAUCGGGUGGAAAAUGAACGACAAAGAGAUGGGGACCGAGACGGUGACCGAGACGGUGACCGAGACGGAGGCCUGGUGGAUGAUGGCACACUAGUUGUACGACGGGUACACCAUGAUCUGCCCAAAAUGACCUUGUAUUACCUCGAUAGGUUUAACCAGAAACAACAAGAGUCAGGUGGCAGCAGUAAUGGCAGCGCAGGCAGCCGAAACUCUGACCGCAUCAUCGGUGAUCAUCGACAUCAUGAUGAACGGCGCCCGUCGGAGCCGGUGGCGCACAGCGCCAUGGCGAGCAGGACAUCUCGUCAUGAUUCUUCUCCUGGUGCUUUGGGUAAGGAUGAAAACGGUAUACCCUAUUCGAGACAAAACAGCGGCAGCAGUAGCGUGUUGCCCGAUCUUCUGCCCCAACAGUCUUCAUCUGGAGAAUCACCACUCUCGAGAUUGCAACGCCCGCAAGAUAAGACCACAUCGGAUGAGCCUCCUCCUUUGCCGGAUGAGUUGGCACCCAAUCUUGAGAGGCAGCAGUAUCGGCAAGCAGUCAGCAAGCCAACCGGUGGUGGUCUCCGCUCGUCCACGCGGUCAUUCUCUGCAUUUGGUUUUGGUGCUAACAACGGGACAGGGACAAUGUCGAGCGUGAGCAGUAUUUCGAGUCAGCGCCGUGGAUCUGCCGUCAACGUGAAUGUGGCGCCCUCGAUGAGUGUUGUUGACACUGCCAACGAGACGCCAGAGAUUAGGAAAUACAAGAAGCGAUUCAACUCAGAUAUUUUGUGUGCGUCGCUGUGGGGGGUGAAUCUCUUGAUCGGGACGGAGAGCGGCUUGAUGCUGUUGGACAGGAGUGGCCAGGGGAAAGUGUAUCAACUGAUCUCCCGGAGACGUUUCGCCCAGAUGGAGGUGUUGGAGGGUCAGAACAUCCUCGUCACGAUAUCCGGCAAGAAGAACAAGAUACGAGUCUACUAUCUCUCGUGGUUGAAAACAAAAAUUUUCAAAUCAGAGGGGGUACGCGUUCAAAAUAAUGACAAAAGAAACGGUUGGACAAAUGUCGGUGAUAUGGAGGGUUGCGUCCAUUUCAAAAUAGUGAAAUACGAACGCAUCAAGUUUCUUGUGAUAGGCAUGAAGGAGAGUGUGGAGAUCUAUGCCUGGGCGCCAAAACCUUACCACAAAUUCAUGGCAUUUAAGAGUAUUGGUAACCUGUCACACCGACCCCUCCUGGUCGAUCUGACCGUGGAACAAGGUCAGAGGUUAAAGGUCGUCUACGGGUCGGCAGGCGGUUUCCAUGCCAUUGACCUUGACAGUUCCUCCGUGUACGACCUCUACAUUCCUUCACAGUUUCAACCUCAGCAAAUUUCUUCAAUCUCUCCACACACGAUAGUGAUCUUACCCAACACAGCAGGAAUGCAGUUAUUGCUCUGCUACGACAAUGAAGGUGUGUAUGUGGACUCCAAUGGAAAAAUCACCAAGAAUGUUGUGUUACAGUGGGGAGAGAUGCCCACGUCAGUUGCAUACAUCAGUACUGGUCAGAUCAUGGGCUGGGGCAACAAGGCGAUUGAGAUCCGAUCAGCCGAGACUGGACAUCUUGAUGGUGUGUUCAUGCACAAGAAAGCACAAAAGCUCAAAUUCCUCUGUGAACGCAAUGACAAGGUGUUCUUCUCCUCCAUACGGUCAGGAUCAAGUUGUCAAAUCUACUUCAUGACGUUAAAUAAACCGGGCCUACAAUUCUGGUAACGCUGCUGACACCUUUUGUGUAACACAGACACUAGAAUUUACCGAAAUAGACUAUAAUGGAUGCUGCUAGGAUUUCAAAAGUCCAGUUGGCAUUUAGGAAUGCGGACACCUUCGGCUAGAGGGUACCGUGUAACUUUACCGUGAUAUUGGAUUGUCACCUAUUGAUCAACUUGAACACUAAAACCUAAUCGUGUAUUUAGAUGGUGAAAGGACCUGGCGUUGGUUCUCAGUGUCUGCCUGUGCUUCACUUGUUUCGUUACAUUUUCACAUUUGGCCCCCUAGUGGCCAAAGUUGGAAUCUCAUGAAGCACUGGUGUUGGGUUGCUGAGACACAAGGAGCCGUUAUCUAAAUCUGCUGGGAAUUGGAUUGGGGAAAAAUGCCGACCACCAGACAGAUUUGUGAUUCUAGCAGGAGUUGACCACUUCAUUAUGGGAUGUUUAUAAAUCUUGUCCCAGAGGCGUCAUGUCAUGCCAGGCUGGUUUGCAUCAAAUUUGUUAAGCUCUAAAAAGUGUGAUAUUCCCACUUGAUACAGCUGGUUAGAGGAUUUUUAUGACUGCUGCGCGCGAAUAGAUGUUGUAUUUUCACCGAGUACGUGUAGGACACUCUGGCUUGAUUUGAGAUGUUUGUUUGGAUAAAAACCAAAUGUAGUUGAAUUCGCUGGAAAUUCUCUGUUAUUUCAAGCCAUUAUGUUCUUUCUGUAUAAAUGUCUGUAUAGAAGUCGUACAGGCUUUGUAGCGCUCAAAUCAGUUUCGUCUUUCGUUUUAUGAGAGCUUUUUGUCUCCGUUUUGUGACUGGUAGUUGCGCAUCUGUCUGCAGCCAGUGAAGGAGUUGUCACCGCCCUUACUGAUAACUACUACCAAUGUAUAGUUACACCAUUCUUAUAUAGAGGGCAGUAUAGAGAUUUACCUGAAAGUGUUAAUUUCCGAUGCAUCCUGAAACAUUACUUCCCCCUAUACAGACAUUUUUAACUGCAAAUCAGUGAUUGUAGUUUCUGUGACUUCUCCUUUCAUGUUUCCUAUGAUUAUGACGUCAAAAUAUGCGAUUUUCAAACUGUAUAUAAUUUCGACACCCAAGAGUGGUGCAUUUUCACUUCAAAGAAGCUUGAAUCUAUGCAAAAUAGAUCUUUUUGCUUCCGAAGUUUCCAUGGGGACUUUUUUGCUCAGGCAAAUUUGUACUUAGUUUAGGAAUGAUUAUAAACAACCCCAACAUUACAAUCCUCUUUCCACGAAAAAUGGUACUUCCCUCUCUCCUGUAAUGGUAUAGCUCAAAAGCCAUAACAACCCCAUGUAUGGAUUGGUCCACUUAUGAUUAAGGGUAUAAAGGUCUUUUUGUAGUUAAGAAAUUUGUCAAGGGCAUGUAGUAUUGCGUCCUAUGCACAAAUCAAGCCUGUUUUAACUUUUUUUUCACUUAUGGCCUUGACUGUGGUUCAGCUGUGUGCCUGAAACAUUAGACAAUCAACGCAGUAUAAGAAAUGUCUUUGUCCUUUAUUUACUUGGUUGAACUAAAUUCUUUUGAAAAUUUUCGACCAGUCUAAAUAUUUGGGAGCAGUUUCACAAUAGUGUAAAUACAACCCUCUUUUGUAGUGUAAGUCAAACUUACUAGUAUCCUGGCUUAAAUCAUGAAAACUGUAAUUGAUGGAUAUAGCCAGAACAACCUCAGCCCAGGAGAAGCAUAUAUAGAUACCCCUGUGAUGAGGUUGAAGUGCAGAAGUGUGCAUGAUUUGGUUGCCGGCAAUUUCUUUAGAAGCUGUGCAUUUAGCACUAUCUUGAAAUUGCCUGUGGUCCUGUUGGCGGUAAAAGUGAACAAGUUUUUUUACAACAGGAUGUAGAUAUGUUAAUAGUGUACAAAGAAUAUUUCUUAAUGCCCACACUUCCCUAAUUACGAUGCUUAAUACAUAUUGGGACAAACCACCCUGCUUCUUGUAUCUGCUAUGAGGAGUCGUGGCAGAAACAGAUACCUGUUUCUAGGAAUGGUCAUUGUGGUUGCUAUGAGGAACAGUCAUAGUGGUUGCUAUGAGGAACGGUCAUAGUGGUUGCUAUGAGGAACGGUCAUAGUGGUUACCAAAUUCUUGAUGUAAAGGUUAUAUUCUUGAUGUUGAGGUGAAGUUUUUUAUGUCAAGGUUAAGUCCUUGAUGUCUGGUUAAGAUUCUUGCUGAAGGUCAAAUUCUUAAUAUCGAGAUCAAAUUCCUAAUCAAGGUCAAGUUCUUGAUUGCAAGUCAAAUUCUUGUACGUCAAGGUCGAGUUCUUGAUGUCAAGGUCAAGUUCAUGUACAUGAUGUGAAUGUCGCGUUUCUAUGUGAAGGUUGCUUUCUUUCUAUUGGGUCAAGUCCCAAGGUCAAUUUGUUAAUGUCAAGUCCAAGAUCUUGAUCCAUGUGUAAAGUGCAAAUAUGUAUUAUAGUUUAUAUGUACUAAUGCUUGUUCUUAACCAUUUAGAUGCUGAUGUUGAUUUCCUUGAACACGUUUCUGUCGACUGCUGACUUUAGAUUUUCUCAAUGAACUUAAAACCAAGUCUUCAGAUUCAAAACAACAACAUCAGCCUCCAAAUGGCUAACUUGUACAGAGGCCUCAGUGGCCUUAUUUAUAUGAUUGUGUACAUGCAGUGGAGAUUUUAUAUAAAUGUUCAGUUUUACUGUAAACAACCAAAUUUUGGCAAGCGCUUUAAUUUUAGCACAACUGCAAUGAUUUGGAACAACGACCCGCAAAAAAAUUUGAUUUUGAUCUGCAAAAAUAAACAAUGUGAUAGUGUUACUGUUAUAUUUUUAAGAAAAUUUGCAGAAUUUGGAAGGCGUGAAAAUUUGGCUGUUAACAGUAGUGUAUGACUCUGGGUCAACUUUGUUUUAUAAGUUUGUUAUGCAAUUGGUAUUUGAAUUGUGAUGAAGACUUUUUCUCUCUUGAUAUUUCAUGUAUAAUAACACCUUGCCUUGGUAGUUUUUUGGUCUGAAAAGUAGUUCUUUGACCAUGGUUUUUGUUCCGCUGUGUCUGGUGUAGUGGUACAAAUUUGAAUGAUAAUCAAAAUUAAUUGAUUAUCAACCCCAAGAUGCAGCCAAUCUGUCAGUCCUUGGACGAAUCAUGAAAGCUAUUUUGAUUAAAACCGUAGUCAUUUUGGGUUGGAAAUAAAGAUAAUGGGUAAAAUUAUGUCAAGGGUAAAAUGCAAUAAUAAACUUCUGUAAAUACACAAACCACUCUUGGCCAGGGUAGCUUAGUCCGUUAGUGAAUUAUUCAUAGUGCUAGCUGAUGAGUUUAUGUUCUUCACCUGUAAUAGAAAUAGAACAAAAGUGGGUUUGGCCGCUCUAUUUCAUUUGGGGUCGGAAUAAACCAAUAUUCAGGGUACAUGUUUGGGAAACACCGAGCCUAUGUCACUCUGCUACUGAGCUCUUGAGUUUGUAAUCCAUCAAAUGGCCGUUGAAAAAAAUUCAUUAUUUGUUUCAAAAAAUACCACUAGAAAUGUUUGCCUAACCGUUGCAUUCGCCUUAAUAAACUAUAUGUAAACAUUUGUAAGAGUUUUGUAUGUAGCCCAGAGUGCUGUAUGUGUAGACCUACUACUGUUAACUGCAAAGAUUUUGCAGGCGUUUUAUUUUUGCGGAUUUGCAAAUAACCUCGAUCCAAAAAUAGUAAUUUUCAUUGGAAAAGCCAAAGAAAUUUUGUAAUCUGCCAAAAUAGUAAUUGCGAAUUUUUCAGAAAUUUUGAUAAAUCACAAAAAUAAAAUAGAGUGAAAUUUUGUGGUUAACAGUGUCUGUUCUGGUGACUGUCCCUCUGGUUUAUAGUUUGGAAGACUUACCUUUUAUUGUCAUAAAUAUUUCCAAGUUCGAGGUCAACCUUUCAACAAUGUGUCAAUAUCAUCAGUGAUAUUGAAGACUAUCAAGAAUUAGUCAUGAUAUAUUGUUGAUUUCAUUAAAGGUAUGCUUUUGAGGUUGUUAUCAAGCCUUUAGAUGCCUAUUAAUGAUAGGUCAAAUUUGGUUGAUGGCAAAAAAAGAUGUAUGGCGUUUUGAGAUGAAAUGUGAGAUUCAGAGAACUGCUCUCACUUGAACUGUCUCGAAGGGGAUCCAUACCAAAAUGUUAGGCAUGGAAAUCCAUCCCUUCCAGACUGUUUAAGUACAGAUUAUAAGUUCUCUAGAGCUCUAAACCAUUUGGUCAGUUUUUUCCCAGAAUAGUAUGUAGCAUAUUUUAUAAACAAUAAUGUGCAUUUUUACCAUAUUAUGCCUCAUAUUCAUGACUGUAAAUUAUUCAAACGGAAUAAAAAGUUGUAUAAAUUUA